AUGCCUUCAGACAACCUCAAUUUCCAAUGCGCGCUCAUCACAGGGGGUGGUGGUGGCCUUGGUAAAGCGCUGGCCUCCUAUUUUAUAUCCAAGGGCAAGAAAGUCAUCCUCGCCGGCAGGACAAAAUCCAAUCUCGAGUCUGCAGCGAAAGAAAUUGGAGCGACCGACUACUACGUGCUCGAUACGGGGAAAACAUCAGCGUUUCCAGUAUUCGUCUCCCUCGUCACGCAGAAGCAUCCGGAACUCGACUGUCUUGUGAACAAUGCCGGUGUUCAGAAACCCUUGGAGGUCUCCAAACUGGACCCGAGCGAAUUCCUGUACAAAGCAGAUGAAGAAAUCAAUGUCAACAUCCGCGGUCCCAUGCACCUCACCUUGCAGCUGCUUGCGCAUUUUCGACUCAAGCCGGCAGCCAUGAUUAUCAACGUCAGCAGUGUGCUGGGUUUUGUGCCGUUCAGCAUCAUCAACCCGGUGUACAAUGGGACGAAGGCAUGGCUUCACUUCUGGAGCAUGAACCUGAGGACUCAGCUGCGGGACGAGCCGCAGGCCAAGAUCAGGGUGGUUGAGAUUGCGCCACCAAUGGUUGGGACGGAUUUGCAUCGUGACAGGGAGGACCCGGAUGAUAACAAGAAGGAAAAGAACCCGAUUUCAUUGACGGUGGAAGAGUUUAUGCAGGAGGUGGCAGAGAAGAUGGAGAGAGGGGACGGUAUGAUUACUGCUGGGCCGAUGGGCAGGGAGAUUGUGGGUGCUUGGUAUGAGAGUGACAAGUUGGGGAAGAGGUAUAAGAAGAUUGAGGAGGGGGGCAUGUGA